AUGAAACGCUUUCUAACUGAUCUUCCAUGCCGAGUCGAUUCAGACUGCGUACAUGUGGAUUUAAGUGUAUGUCAUCCUGGAGCUGGAAGAUGUAUAUGUCCUGGAAAUACAGUUUAUGUUACACAUUUACAUGCUUGCAGAACCAAGUUGUUUCAUCAAAAUUAUGAUGCUUGCAGAAUGUGUGAUACAAAUCAUGUGUGUCAUGAAAUAAUGUCGAAAGAUCUAGACCGUGUAAAGGAUUUGAACGUUAUAAUAAUAAAACUGGAUGGUACUUUAAAUAGUUCAAACGAACCUGCUUUUAUUGGGUGUACUUGUGAAUUUAACCCCAUUUCUACUCCAACGAUAAUACCAACUGGUUCUCAAAUCCCAGGGAAAAAUCAUUUAUGUCCUGUGAAUUUGCCUGAUAUUGGCGAAGUUUGUGAUCAUUCAUAUUUAGUGUGCAGAUCGCGUUCCGCUCAAUGUGUUUCAGGUGAUUUACCCAACAUAAAGGUUUGCACUUGUCCUGAAAACACAGUUGCAGUUUACCAAACAUUUUUAAACUAUUUUGAAUGCUUUCCUGUCGUACAUAAAUCAAUUUCUCACCUAACAAAUACAAAAAGUGUUGUAAGUGAUGAUUGUGAACCUUGUCAGAAAAUUAAUGGAACAUGUUAUGAUCAGAAUAACGAUGGUAUACCAGAUGGAUGCCGAUGUCCACCUGGUAGGUCUUUUAUUCAUAAAGGUGAUCGACAUGAAAACUCACGAAACAUAGCUGAUUCAAUGAAUCUUAUUCAGUACAAGGAUAAGUUAAAGUUUCCUUGUGAAUUGAAACAUACUGAAACGAAAUGUGAUGAGCAAAAACUCACAGUCUGUUAUUUGCCUCAUUCUUCUGGAAGAUUUCAAACACUACCUUACUACCUUCAACUAAAUAUGGUUGACGUUUCACUUGUGCAGUCAAUGUAUAGAGAAUCAUUUGAUCGUGGGCAGUCUUGUUCAUUAAGCUCACAAUUAAACCGAAUAUCAAAUACCUUGGAUGCUAAAAAAAUAUAUCCAUCAAAAGACAAAUGGUACUGCAUUACAUUGUUCAAUGAUCAAUUAUUAAUGAACACUUGCAGAGUUAAAUUAAAUGUUGACUCAACUUGUAAUGAACUUACGAACACACAAAAUCUUCAAUAUUCCGGAAGUGUAUACAUUCGCCAAAAGAAUCAAAUCUACCCGGAUGACAAAGCAAUACUUGAAAUACCAUGGAAGUGUACGGCUAAAAGAAUAUGCAAUUUGAAACCCAAACCAAUCAAUAAGAUAACAAAUCAACAAGUUGAAAAUAAUUUGGGACAACUGUAUGUUAUGAAUAAGAACAAUAAGAUCACUACUGAGACUGGUGAAGGGGAAUCGGUGUAUUUAGAGCUUAUAUCUAAGUAUGAAAAGUUUGUCAUAAGCACAAAAAUGUGCGCAGUAGCCAGCCUGAAAUUUCCAGAGAGCUUCAAUUCUGAGUCAGUUAUUGACAUUCAUUUAUGUCAAGCAUUUUACCAAUUCAAAUAUUAUGGCACAGGUAAUUCGUAUCAUAAUCAAACAAUAUUUAUUAGUGAUAUCCCUACCCGCAUUCAGAACAACAAUAGGUCAUUUUAUCGACAAAGUGAGAUAUUUCAAGCUGACCGACUUAUCCCCCAACAAAAUACUGUAUAUUAUAUUUGUCAUGUUCCUCCAUUGAACGCGUCAAUGGAAUAUCGCGUCGACAGUAGCACGAUACAAGAUUGGUGUGGUAUAUCAAACAAGCGAAUAAAGUUAUCACCAGCCGAUCAUUUAUUUAUUACGAAACUGAAUAUAAGGAAUUCAAGUUCAUCUCAUCACAUGAUCUGGGUGUGCAAACGUAAGCAACAGUUAAAACAGCAUCAACUUCAAUACACCUUUAGUCAGAACCUACAUGCGAAACAGCUGUUAAGUGAUUCACUGAAAUGUUCCAUUUUAUCUGCUACUACACCGCAAAAAAUUGGCGGAACACAGCAGCAACCAGUUUAUCAUAAUGAGUUUGGGGCGUGUUUGAACUAUGAAGUCUACGAUGAAUUUGAACCAUCUAGCCGUACUAAUUGUCCAAAAUGUAUGGCUUCCAUGAUAGAACAAAUUAACCCCUUAUUACCUUAUCAAACAACAAGAAGCAUCAGUCAAGUGUCGGUGAAAGACUCAUUGAAACAGCCGUCAAAUGAAGAUCUUAUCUACCUUAGUUUUUUGAAUAGGCGUUCAAUAACAGCUCACCCAAACUGCAAGGUACAACCAAUAUUGGAAGCAAUGACAAAUAAACCAACUGAAAAUUCUAAUAUUUAG